GCCUAUAAAUGCCAACGGACUGGUAUCUUGGGCAGGCAAGUCGACAACGCGCAGCAUGGAGCGGGCGCGCGAGAUCUUCGACCGCUUCGACACGUCGCGGGAUGGCGCCAUCGACCGCAGCGAGAUGGGUGGACUCCUGCAGGCCCUCGGCGUCGAGCCCACCAACCAGAACAUCGUCAGCGCCAUCGUCGACAUGGACGUCGGCCAGCGCGGGUCGGUGUCCUUUGCCGACUUUGCUGCCUACUACAAGACCAACUUUCUCCCGCGCCAGCCGCUCAAGACGGUCGCGUCCAAGCACGUGGCGGGCAUCGGUGAGGCCAAGCAGGCGUCGUACACGCUGCCGCCAAAGUCGUUUUGCUUUGGGAAGGCCCUUCAGCGCGACAAGGAGAACGCGGGCCAAGUACUGCGACAGCAUGGCGACGCCGGCGACGAAUACGGCGGCCGGCGCACGACCCACGUCCUGCGGCGCACGACAACGGCUGCGUCCUCCAAGGUCAACGAAGCGCGAAGCUUGUCGUCCUUGUCGGGGCCAACGACCAAGCCCAAAGCCGACGAGAUCGACCACGGCAUGGCUUUCAUUCUGUCGCAGAUCAAGACGCAGCUCAAGGCCAUGGGCGCAUCCGGGCUCCAGGGCCUCUCGCGCCGCUUCCGCCUCAUGACAAGCAGCGGCGGGGGUAUUCCGUGCAGCGCGUUCAAGAGCGCGCUCAAGGACCUCAAGCUUGACGUCUCGGAGAGGGACGCAAGGCGCCUCUUUGAGCUCUUUGACGUCGAUCGCAGCGACAGCAUCGACCUCGACGAGUUCCUCGCCGCGCUCUCUGAGCCCAUGAACGCGGCGCGAAUCGCGGUCGUCCGCGCCGCCUUUGAUGCGUUGGACUAUGACGGCAAUGGCGUCCUCUCGGCGUCCGACAUCAAGGGUCGAUAUGACACGAGCAAGCACCCGGACGUCCGGUCCGGUCUCAAGACGGACGUCGAAGUGCUCACCGAGUUCCUCAGUACGUUCUUUGACCCGUCGCGCGCCAAGACGAGUAGCGUCGUGACGUACGACGACUUUGCACAGUACUAUCAACACCUGAGCAACGUCAUCGACAAUGACGAGGCCUUUGCGAAUAUGAUCACCAACGCUUGGCGCGUCCGCGCGCCUGUCGCCGCCGCGUGGAGCUCGGUCCGGCCACGCACGGCCAAAUCGACCAUUUCGAAUUCCGUGCAGCCGGUCCAACUUGCAAAAGGUCAUUUUCCAAGGAUGACAUCGGCGUGGAUGUCGACCGACUCGGCGAGCUCACUCCUCUACAACGGUAGCUCGUCUGCGCCAGCUACCGACCCGAGAGACGAGGACGGAGCCAUUGACCUCGCCAGUCUCGACGCGGGGAAGAGAGGCGUGAUUGCUCGGGUGAAAGCGCAGAUGCAGGCGAUCGGGGUCCCCGCGUAUGCCUGCGUGCUGCGGCGCGCCAAGCGCACACCCACACUGUCGCUCGCCGAGUUUAAGAAUACGAUGAAGGACGCCGGGGUCAUUCUCUCGGACAAGGACUGGCGCGUGCUCUUUGAGCUCUACGACCCCAACGACACGGGGAGAAUGAGCUUUGCAUCGCUCGUACAGCAGUUGCUCGUGGAGCGCCUGCCCGACGCCCGUUGCGCGAUCGUGCGGCGAACGUUCCGCGCGUUGGACGCAGACAAGAACGGCAGUUUACCAUACGGCGACUUCAUCGCGCGCUUUGACCCGAGCAGCCACCCGGACGUCCGCUCCGGCAAGUGCUCAGAGGCCCAAAUUCACACCGGCUUGCACGACGCGUUCGUGCUGCCGCCCUCGGGGCUUGUGACGCAGGCGGAAUUUGAAGCCUACUACGAGAUGGUCAGCAACACGCUCGACGACGACAGUGUCUUUGAAGCUACAGUGCGCGACGUGUGGCACACGCGCUUCGAUGUCCUGCCGAACGACGAUGACAAGGACGUCCGUGACAUGGCGUCACUGCGCAGCGCAACGACGUCAAUCAAGACGAAUAAAGACCCGCUGCGCGUCUACGAGGCGAGCGUCAAGACGCAAAAGAUCAUGCAAACGGCCAAGUCGAUUGCGAGUGCCGACGCGACGCGCAUGCGCCGCGCGAGUCGACCGACCAAGAGCAGCAUGGCGACCAAGAGUAAAGCGGCUUCGUCGGCGAGCCAGCGCAAGUCGUGGACGUAAUCAUCAAGACGCAAAAUGCUUGUGGUUAUCAUGCGUGUGACAGCGUCCGUCCACUGGUCCUGUCGGUUCCGGACGCUUCGGAGGCACGGUACAUCCAUAGCUAUAACUCAUCUUGAUGUGUCCAAGACAGGGCUAAACAAAUCAAAACGCAGCCAACGUAAUGCGAUACCACUACAAUAGGUGUAGCACUAUCGCC